AUGCCUGAGCUGGCAGAGGUAGCGCGUAUUGUGCAUUUCAUUCGACAGCACCUUGUUGGAAAGACGCUGUCCAAGGUGCAGGCCCAGCAUGAUGACAUUGUUUACGGCAAAGUUGGGACCAGCGCAGCUGAGUUUCAAAAGGCAAUGCAAGGGAAAAAGAUCGUUGGCGCUGGCCAACAAGGAAAAUACUUCUGGAUUACAAUGUCUUCACCACCGCAUGCAGUGAUGCACUUUGGAAUGGCAGGCUGGCUGAAAAUCAAGGAUGAAGACACAUAUUACUAUCGCUCAGACAAGCCUGCUGAUAAGGAGUGGCCGCCAAAGUAUGCGAAAUUCAUACUGGAAACAAAGGAGGAUCCAAAGACAGAGGCUGCAUUUGUGGAUGCUCGCCGAUUGAGUCGAAUCCGCCUGGUGGAUUGCCCUGGCGAUGAGAUCCGCAAAUACACGCCUCUCAAGGAAAACGGACCUGACCCCGUCACGGACAAGGAUACUGUGAACGAAGCAUGGUUGAUGGAGAAGCUGAAAAGCAAAAGGGUUCCCAUCAAGGCUCUUCUUCUUGAUCAGGCCAAUAUCAGUGGAAUUGGCAAUUGGAUGGGUGACGAGAUCCUUUACCAUGCCAAGAUUCACCCAGAGCAGUACUGCAACACUCUGAACGACGACCAAAUCAAGGAGCUUCACAAAUCACUCCAUUACGUCUGUUCUACAGCCCUCGAUGUCCUAGCAGAUUCGGAGAAGUUCCCUGAGCACUGGCUCUUCAAGCAUCGAUGGGGCAAAGGAAAGAAGAAUCACCCGACCACUCUGCCCAAUGGAGACAAGAUCACCUUCCUUACUGUUGGCGGCAGAACAAGUGCCGUAGUACCGGCAGUCCAAAAGAAGACCGGUGCCGUGGCGAAAGAGAUUGACGAAGAUGAAACACCUGCAAGCUCAAAGCGAAAGCGGGCCGUGAAACAGGAGGACGGCUCUGAUUUUGAAGAAAAGCCCGAACCAAAAGCCUCCGAGCCAAAGAAAAAGAGAAAGUCCGCUGUGAAGAAGGGGGUGGUCAAGGAAGAGGAACAAGAAGUGAAUCCAGCUGAUACUACAGGCCGUCGUCGCUCUACGCGGUCGAGAAAUUAA